UGUUGUUCCUCCCUCCCUGGACCCCAGUGCCACAGACCCCCACGGUGCCCAGAACACGGAACCUGUUACUGUAUGGGGCUGUGGAAGGUGAGAGGACACACAGUAACAUGGCACUCUCUAGCAUGCAGCAAGAAAGAGAGCAGUUUGUUAAAACCCAAUCCUAUGUUUAUAGCAAGGAUUGAAGGCAAGGAAAAGAACAGCACUCACUGGUCAGAGAAACAACACCCUUGCCCCAGGCUUUCUCAUAGAACCACCAGGAGUUUAUCUUUCAUUAUAAUUCUUUUUCUUAUGUUUACAUUAGAGAAAGGUCUCUAGCUUGGGAAAAAACUCUAGCUGAGCCUGAGAAAAUUAGACUAGAAAAAUCUUCAAGAUUUUUGCCUGGGCCUGUAACAGCCACAUAGAACAUCCCUCUGUGACAUCAGCCCUCUGUGCCCCAGCUGUGGGCCGAGGGCACCACGGGCAGCGCAGCUGCUGCGGGCAUUGCGGCUGUGGCUGUGCUGCUGCACGGAGCCCUCAGUGCUUGCAGCUGACACGCGCCUCUGGCAGCCAUGAAUGGGCUCGGCCUCCUCGUCCUGCUCACCGUGCCUGGGCUGGCACACAGCACACAGAACGCUUGUGGAUGGACCUGCGGGCUCCGACCCAUGCUGUCUGACUCCACACCUGAUGACAACGGCUUGACACGCAUUCUGGGUGGUGCAAGUGCAAAGCCAGGGGCCUGGCCCUGGAUUGUCAGCAUCCAGCAUCCCAGGAUACAAGGCCUGGGGCAUUGGUGUGGAGGGUCUCUCAUAAAUGCAGAGUGGGUCCUCACAGCAGCUCACUGCUUUGACAAGUUUAAGAAAACUGGUGUCCUGAAUGUGGUGAUUGGUGCCACCCAGUUGACUCCACCUGGCCCUGAGGCACAAGUUCGCAAGAUCAAGAGGCUACUUCGUCAUGAAAACUAUAAGAGAAGUGAUAUAAGUAAUGAUAUAGCUUUGCUGGAAUUGGACGCACCUGUCGACUGUAGUCCCUACAUCCAGCUGGCCUGUGUGGCUGACCCAACCAUAACAGUCUCAGAGCUGCAAAACUGCUGGAUGGCUGGAUGGGGUACAACCACAGAAGGAAAUGAAGACUUAAGUGAUGACCUGCAGGAGGCCAAGGUCCAGCUCAUCGAUGUUCAGCUCUGCAACAGUAGCCGCUGGUACUCAGGGGAAAUCCACACCCACAACUUGUGUGCUGGUUACCCAGAGGGCAACAAUGACACCUGCCAGGGUGACAGCGGUGGUCCUCUCAUGUGCCAGGACCUGAAUGCUGACUCCUGGUGGGUUGUUGGAGUGACCAGCUGGGGAAGAGGCUGCGCCAGAGCAAAGCUGCCUGGCGUCUACACCUCUACUCAGCUCUUUUAUGACUGGAUUCUGGCCCAGAUGGGUCUGAAUCCAUUUGGAAAUGCUUCCUGAACAGCAGGGUGAGUUGCAUCUGUGCAGUGCACAGCAACUGUUUCCUGCUGGGGCAAUACCUCCUGAUCCAAUGGCAGCCGCAGUGCCAAAAGCCUGCUCUAUCCUGCCCUCACACCUCUCCCCUGCGCAGGCAGACACUGGACAUGACUUCGGUGUUGAAUAAAAUUGCCUAUGACCACAAGG